UCGGGGCGGUCGGCGGAGCGCGCGGCUCGGCGAUGUAUCUCCGCCGGGCGGUCUCCCGGACCCUGGCGCUGCCCCGGAGGGCGCCCCCGAGCCCCGCGCCGCUCGGGAAGGGCGCAUCCCUCCGCCGGAUGUCAUCCAACAAACUCCCUGGAACAUCAAGAUCCAAUAUGCUUUAUUACCUGGUUGUAGGCGCCACGGUCAGUGCUGGUGGAUAUUACACUUAUAAGACAGUCAUAUCAGAGCCAGCCAAGCACACAGAACAUACAGCCGAUUUCAAAGGGAAGAAAAAAGCAGGGCUACAUCCAUUUCAAGAGAACAGAAAACUAGAGGGCACCCCAGAAGACAAGGAAGAGUAUUCGGGAGCCACUGAAGAGUGUGACUUGGGAGCCGAGGCGAGAAGCCUGGAGGAGACUCCAGAGGCCGAGGCGGUCGAGGAGGCCACCCCAGCGGAGGCCACGCCGGUGGCUUCUGCCACCGGGCCAGAGGUUCCAGCUGAGGCCCCGGGCAAGAGCUGGGAGGCCCGUUCCGCAAUGGGCCCCGAGGUGAGUCACGCAGCGCCGGACCAGGAGUGUCCCCACUGUCCCAGCCAUGGCACCCCAGGGAGCCCCGAGCCGGGCCACGCACCGCCGCCAGCCGCCCCCCGGCCCUGCGCCCAUCACGAUGUCCCGGAAGGCGCCGGCGUGGACCAGGAGAUGGCCUCGGCCCACGACCAGUAG